AAUUUUUGUUAUUGUGUCAGAUAAGCAUUAAGCUGUCAGCUGUUAUUGUAAAUAAAUCCUUGCAAGAAAUCACACAAAUUCAAAUAAAUGUCAUUAACUAAAAAGUUACAUAACCCGUUUUAAGAAUGGCUACCAAAAGAGUUUUAGUCGGUGGUGGCACAGGAUUUGUAGGAACUCAUUUAAAUAAAUUCUUAACAACUAAUAACUACAAUGUUAUAAAUAUAUCUAGAAUGCCUGCUGCUAAAAAUUUGUCAUGGACAGAUUUAGAGACAUCUGGCUUACCAAGUAGCACAAGUGCAGUUGUGAAUUUGGCUGGACAGCAAUUCAUGGAUUUUACCAAACUUUGGACUCCUGGCUUUAAGCAAAAUGUUUUCAACUCUAGAGUAUACACAACUAGAGCAUUAGCUACAGCUAUAAAUAAAAGUAAAGAUAAACCAGACGUUUUUGUUCUAAUAACUGGUGUUGGGGCAUAUGAGCCAUCUGAAAAAAAUAGAUAUGAUGAAUCUAGUCCAUCAACGGGCAAUGAUUUUUUUUCUAAACUCCUUGUUAAAUGGGAAAAAGCUGCAGAGGUAGAUCCACCAGUAAGACUGGUAAUUAUCAGAUCUGGUGUGGUGUUGGGUCGCGACGGUGGUAUGAUAAAAAACAUGAUACUUCCAUUUUAUUUGGGCCUCGGUGGUCCAAUAGCGUCUGGUAAACAAUAUUUACCGUGGAUCCACAUAGAAGAUUUAAUCAGAUUAAUUAAGUUUUCAAUAGAAAACAAAGAAGUAAAAGGCAUAUUAAAUGGUGUUGCACCCCAAGUUAUUACAAAUGCAGAUUUUACAAAGGAAUUUGCUAAAGCUCUAUCUCGACCAGCAUUCUUUCCAGUUCCCGAGUUUGUGCUUAAUACACUCUUACAUAAAGAACGGGCAAUGAUGUUAACACAAGGCCAACAUGUUACACCCAAGAGAACUCUUGAAUAUGGUUUUGAAUAUAAGUAUCCUACGAUAGAUUUAGCGUGUGCAGAGUGUGCACAUUUAUUCUCAAAGAAUUAAUUAAGUUAUGCUUAAAAUACUAUUUUUAAAUAAUUUAAAUACUGUAAAAUGUUUUUAAAAUUGUUAAUAUGAUCAAAUCUAAAUUUUGAAUCUUAUUAAUAAUGAAAUAAUGGAAUGUUACUGAAAAGAUAAUGAAAGAAAAAAAAAUAAGCAGAAUAAA